AUGCCCACGCGCAAACGGACCCCUGGAUGUCUACGAUGCCAGGAAAGACACGUAAAGUGUGAUAGGGGCACACCCACUUGCAACAGUUGCCGAAAUCUCAAAUACCCGACGGUUUGCGAGUAUGCUUCAAAACGUCUUCGAUUCCGGCAGAGUCGUUACUCGUCGUCAUUGGCAACAACAAAUGCGACGCGGCCCGAGGUAGGCUCUGCGCGGACUCCUCCGGCAAACGACAACGAUCCGGGAGCUGCUUCUGGCGCCAGCGACACCACGCACGAUCCUUCUCUUGAUAGGGCUGGCUCACCGCGGACAUUACCAAGCGGCUUCCCAGGCCAAUCCUCGGCGGUGAGCCCUGUCCCGUCUGCCGAGGAUACUCGCCGAUUUUCAUCGUCGUCACUCCCGGUGGACGGUAUCGCGUUGACACCAAAAUCAUCCAUACCUUCGUUCAUUCUUUCUCCUCUUGGGUUUUCGUCCGUUGGUGCAGCUCCGAGCGAUUCAGGCUAUGGUAUCAACGGAUCAGACACCUCAAUUGACUUAUCACACCCAAUUGGACAUGUCUCCCCGAACACAGCAACAUCCUAUCAAGCGUCCCGAGACUCUGCACGUACCUUGACCGAAGAAAUUGACUGCAAGGUUUUCGCUUUCUAUGUGGAGCGCGCCGGACACUGGAUUGACAUUGGAUCUCCUGGAGGAUACUUUCAUUCAUACGUACCCCAGCUUGCUCUCAGUGAUCCACUGCUGCUCGCCGCCUGUCUUGCUUGCGCAUCUCAUCUCAUGUAUUUGCUAGGAAUGGUUGAGAAAGAAGUCGAGCAGUACUACAGUGAUCGUGUCGUGAGUUUAAUGAUUCCUUCACUUUCGUCAGAAAAAGCAAACUCCUCCAACGAGGCCCUACUAGCUACCGUUGUCAUUCUCCGGAUGUCAGAACAAUUUUUGGAGCCCAGCAGCGACACCCAGCGCCACCUGCAGGGUGCUGCAUCCCUUUUCUUGGAUGGCACGGACUGGUCGCCUGUGGAAUCCAACCUUUCGACCUCGUGCUUCUGGACCUAUCUGCGAGAGAGCAUUCGCAUUUCGUUUCUCCAAGAGCAACCCUGUCCAUUUGACUUGACUCAUCUCAGCCUCUGUGACGAAGACAUGACGGCUCCCGCGCCGACGGAUGGAGUGUGGACGAAUCGCAUGACUUUUCUUUUAGUCAGAGUUGGCUCGCUGUGCUGGGACCAUGGGCGACAGCACUCUACGGCUGAUUCGAGAAGCUUGAAGGAUCUCAUUGAUAAAUGGAGAGCGCACUUACCUCCUUCUUUCCGACCUUGGUGCAUCUGUGAGAAUGAUAAUGAGCCGUUUCCGGGUAUUCGCUACUUUUCUCCAUGGCAUGUGGUUGCAUGGCAGUUCUACUAUGCAGCAAAAGUCAUGUUGGCAGUAUAUUUCCCCGAUGACUGGGCGAAUGAGAGUGUGCACAAUAUGCACCGAUACAUUGAAGUAUGUUAG